AUGGAUUCCGAUUUGGAGUACAUAUACGAGCAGUAUGUUGAGUCCUUCAAUGGCUCGUCGGACGAGGAGGAGUACUCCGAUGAGAAGGCGAUGAUGCAGACGGUCCUUAAAGACGCGGAGCGUGCGAAGGAGCAUAUUCUCAAUUCCAAGGGCUCAAUCAUGGGUCAUCGAGUGCUCAACCGCAACAGGGCGCGCAGACAUUUGACACCGAUGGCCGACUACUUUGCCCCCGAUGCACUAUUUGCCGACUAUUUUUGCCGGCGUUUUCGGAUGCGCAAGACCGUCUUCGAUUGUUUGUACCAUGGCGUCCGGUCCUACGAUGACUACUUCAUCCUAAAAAAGGACGUCGUGGGAACGAUUGACUUCUCUGGUUACCAGAAGUGCACGACUGCACUCCAGAUGCUUGUAUAUGGCACGACCGCUGAUUCGUGUGGGACGACUCUGGAAUUUGAGAACAUGGGUGAUCCUAUCCAACUUCUGGACCAGAAUCCGGCCGCAUUUGAGGAGUUUAUUCAAAUGCAUCAACAAAUUCGACAUCGACCAACUCACGAGCAGCUCAAGGAAGAUCUGAUUGAGCAUCAGUGGACCGUGAAAGGGGACAACAAUGUUGGGAUGUAA